CUGCCUCUCUGCCUCUGUCUCUCUCACGCGAGCCCUUUUCCUCUUCCCCUUCAACCCCUUCAACCCCUCCAACUACACAUUUUUUUUUCCAGAUUUCCUCUGAGGAGGAGAUUCCUCGUCUGACCCCCUUAUCUUUCCAAUCCAGUACUUCUUUUGGUGGAUGCUCUUCUCAUUAAUCCGUCCCUGCCUCUGCUACUUUGUUGCUACCUGUGGAGGUUCCCCUGGGUUCUGUGGUUCUUCUUCUGCCAGCCGUCGCACAGAGUGCAGCCCCCGCAGAGAGGCACCAUGCUGGGAUUGGACGUGUGUGAGUUUGGGGGUCAGGUGCUGGAGCUGCUGUGGCUAACUAUGUGCUACAGAGGUCUAAUGGCUGAUAAGACGGAACUGCCUAUUGAGGAGGAAGAGGAUGAGAGAAACUUAAACUACAAUCCUCCGGCCCAGAAGUCUUUGGAGGAGAUUCAGGAACUGGACAAAGACGACGAGAGUCUGGUCAAGUACAAGCAGACCCUCCUGGGGCUGCUACCAACUAUGGCAGUGCUGUGUGAGAGAAAAACAUCUUUAAUCAUUAAUCUACAGAGAGAUCUGAACGCUCUGAAGGAGAAUGCCCUUAUCCUAAAGGAAGGAGUGACAUACAGACUAAAGAUAAACUUCAAGGUGAACAGAGAAAUUGUCGCUGGCUUGAGGUACCAUCAGGUGACCCAGAGAAAAGGAAUAACAGUGGACAGGGUGUCGCGCAUGGUGGGAAGUUACGGCCCAAAGGCAGAGGAGAAUGAGUUCGUAUGCCCGGCUGAUGAGGCACCCAAAGGCGUGAUAUCACGUGGCCACUAUGGGAUCCGUUCCCGCUUCAUCGACGACGACAAGAAUGUCUACUUGGACUGGGAGUGGGCUCUCGAUAUCAAGAAGGACUGGAAUUAAUAGAGGGAGAGAGUGAGAGAGAUGAUGCUCUUCUUCCCUUCUUUCACUCUUAUUCUUCCCCUCCCCUUUGACCUUCCCCUCUUUCCCCCUCCUACUCGUCACCCUGUGAGAGCAGCCAAUGCAGUGGCCGAGACAGGAGGCUCCAUUUCUCCUCUUACUCCUUAUUCUUCUCUUCUACCCUUUACUUCCUUGUCUGUUUAAUGCAGGUCUCCUGAAACCCAUGUCUGACAGGGACUUUUAGAGGAGAGAAUCCCCCGUCUCUCAGCCUUCUGUCCUUGCAUCUAUGUUCUUUUUCCAGAUUCUCCUACAUCUAUAUCCCAUUCAUCUGGAGUUGUCCACAUGAUGAGGUUUUUUUGGACUCUCCCAUAGUUUCCUUUCUCCCACCCUUCUUUCCUCAUUCUUUAUUGUGCCCCUGCCUUCAUAAAGCAGCAGUGGUCAGUCUGAGGCACAAAGGGAAAUACAAUAUAUACAAUCCAUAAUUACAAACAUCCAAUAUCUGUCAAACAGAGUUUUCCAAAGAGAAGAGAUGAAAUAUGUCAAUACAGAUUGCAUUUGGAUGCUCAGCAAAAAUUAUGGGUUCACAUGUUGGAACACAACAACAAGAGAGUUGAAAGGGGGAGCGCAGAGGGAAGCGACAUGAGGCAAACAUAUUGUGUGAGAUGAAAGGGAGAGGGGCAUGUUGGUGUUUUGAAGACAAAGGGAAGUUAGUUACCGUAGCUGAUUUUACUCUCUCACCAACACGGUCAAUCAGUAGGAGCUGCAGUAGAGGCUGUAGGUGGGGUUCGAUACACCUGUGUUAAGUGCAUAAAAAACCUGAGGGGAGAUGCUGAAAAUUUGAAAAACCAAAUCAAAAACAUGUUUUACACUUGUCUGAUGUUGAUUUGGAACAGACUUAGAGAAUGAAUCAUGAUGUACAUGAGGUAUGUAACUUUAAGGUCCAUUGAAGAGUUGAAAAAUGGCAGACAAAAACAUCAGAUCUGUGUGGAGACUGUAACAUUCCUCAAAUUAAUUUGAAACUAACAGACAUGCUGUAUUUCCAACAGCUGUUUAUCUGGAUUACCCAACUUCUAAUAAUUGCAUAACAAUAGUGGAAGGAAAUGUGCAUUAAUUUGCAUUUUCUUUGGCAGAUUUUUGGUUAAAGUUUGUGCUAUAUUUAGAUGGAAACUUCGCUUGUGAGAAGCUCACGGAAGCAAUUAAGGUACUUAAAAACCGCUGGAAUGCACAAUUUGCAUCAAAAUUCAUAUAGACAGACAUGAUGCACAUAUAUUUUGAUUCAGUGCAACUCACACUUUUCGAUGCUAGAAUUAUCUUCAUGCAUAACAUCCAUAACAUCCAUAAAUCCUCUUAGAAAUCAUCGGAAAAAGAGGCUGCUAACUUGUUGAGAAUCAUCACAUUUUCACAGUUUCUUCAGUAUCAAAGUAAUCCAGUGACAGUUGGCUGUACAUUCAUGGGUAAACUGCAAACAGGAACUGCUAAUUGCUAAUUUGGGAUGUUUCUAACAGUGCCAAUUUGCCAAAUUGUAAACAAAUAUACACAAGAAGACGUUGUGUGGCGGGCUCAAGCUGUAGUUACGCUGGAUACAUUGUUACAUCUUUCUUCAGAGUUUUAGGGAGUCAGAGAUGUAACUGUAUGUUUUAUUCCAUGUCAUAGGGUAUUGGUUGAUUGAUUGGUCUGUUAUCUGAUUUGAAGGAAGACUUUUAUAUCAAUGAUGUUAAUAAUUCUUUAAAUUAUGACUUAAGUUUUCAUGGUUUUGCCCUAUAGUUGCAGUAAACAAAUCAAACGUAAAUACUAAAUACUAAAUACACUCAUGCAGAAAAGAACUUAUACAGUAUACAUAAUCAACUCUACAGGAAGUAAAAUAAUGUAUAGAAUAGAAUGAUAUAUAGAAAAUACCUUCUGACCAUCCAACUAUUGUCUUUUCAAAGCAUUAAUAAACUGGGAUGAGAAAAUGAAUCACCUCCUCUCACAGACACAAGAUCUUUGACUUGUGUUUGAUCAGAUUUAGACAUGGUGUAUUUUAACAUUGCAGUUUGCUUUCAAAGCAGUUUUCUCAAGUCUUUGUGGAGCUUUUUGAAAGAGCAGACCAAUCAAAGACUGUAACUGAACUGUGCAUAUUGUAGAAAGAGAUGCAUGCAUGUCCUUUAGGAUUUGAUACUAUUUGCUCAGUGAAAAAAAAACAACAAAAUUAGCCCUUUCUAAACCUCCAUACCAAGGACACAAGAUGUGAAUAAAAUUCUGCUUUGAACAUUAAUGAAACAUUUUAAGAUGGUAGCUGAAAGAUGGAGUACUGUCUGAGAAGUAAAGGAUGAAUUAAUUCUCCUUAAAAAAUAGGAAAUAUUAUUGUGUUAAGUCUUUGGAUAUGAUAUUGUCAUUGUUGCUGAAAAUAUUGAACAUUGAAAUACCAUUUGAAAUCGUUGUGAUCUAAGACUAACUGUAAAUGUUGGCUUGUUGGGUGUUGCAUGGUUUAGCAAGAUUCUCUCUUCCUUUUUUUACAACUUUAUUGUAAAAUUUAAUGUGAUUUUGAAAAAAAAGAUACUGAUGCAAUAUCCAGAUGUCAAUGGUUGCCAUAUACUGCAGAUACAGUAUUUACAGGGAUAUUUUUGAAGGCACAGCUAGCUGGAAACAUUUGUCUGUGUCUAAUGCCCCAGCCUGUAACGAUCAAGUGCUGCAUCCUCAAAUA